UACUUCCCCGGAAGAAGUCAUUCAGUCGUCUCUCUUUGAGCUGCAUUUCACCAUCAACACAGAGACCGACUCAACGGCAAAUGUAACCGUUUCACGGAAAGCCACAAUGGGGUUUACACCGAGAGGCUUUCUCGGCGACAAACCGGCGAAGGCGCCUCCGUUGUUUCCUUUUCUCUUGACGUUCCUGCUCGUCGGGAGCCGAGGCGACAGCAACGCGAUGGACAACGUCUCGACUGAGAGGCUGGCCGAGGAGAGCCACCGACAGGACAGCGCCAACCUGCUCAUAUUCAUAACGCUCCUGACACUCACCAUCCUGACCAUAUGGUUGUUCAAACACCGGCGAUUUAGGUUCCUGCACGAAACGGGACUCGCCAUGAUCUACGGCGUGUUGGUGGGCGUGAUCCUGCGCUUUGGCGUCCACGUGCCCCAGAACAUGAGUGACGUGAUCCUCGGCUGUGCUGUCAACAACAGUCCAGCCACCCUGCUGGUCAACGUCAGUGGGCGGUUUUACGAGUACACUCUGAAGGGCGAAGUCGGCCGUGGCAAAGGUCACCAAGUGCAGGACGAUGAGAUGCUGAGAAAGGUGACUUUUGACCCUGAAGUGUUUUUCAACAUUUUGCUGCCUCCCAUCAUCUUCCACGCCGGUUACAGUCUGAAAAGGAGACAUUUCUUUAGAAACAUCGGCUCCAUUCUGGCCUAUGCUUUCGUGGGCACAGUUAUCUCCUGCUUCGUUAUCGGGCUGAUCAUGUAUGGCUUUGUGUCCUUCAUGAAAGCUGUGGGCCAGCUCGGGGGUGAUUUUUUCUUUACCGACUGCCUCUUCUUUGGGGCCAUCGUCUCAGCAACAGACCCAGUGACGGUGCUGGCUAUCUUCAAUGAGCUAAAAGUAGAUGUGGACCUGUAUGCUUUACUCUUUGGCGAGAGUGUCCUCAACGAUGCUGUGGCCAUCGUACUCUCUUCCUCCAUCGUGGCGUACCAGCCUGCAGGAGACAACAGCCACAGCUUUGAGGCCAUGGCCAUGUUGAAAUCUUUCGGCGUCUUCCUUGGCGUCUUUAGUGGCUCCUUUGCUCUUGGGGUGGCGACCGGAUUCAUGACAGCUCUCGUGACCAAGUUCACUAAGCUGAGGGACUUUCCCUUGCUGGAGACGGCUCUCUUCUUCCUCAUGUCCUGGAGCACCUUCCUGUUGGCCGAGGCCUGCGGGUUCACAGGCGUAGUGGCUGUGCUGUUCUGUGGGAUCACUCAGGCUCACUACACCUUCAACAACCUCUCCCCUGACUCUCAGGACAGAACUAAACAGUUGUUUGAGCUCUUGAACUUCUUGGCAGAGAACUUCAUCUUCUCAUACAUGGGUCUGACUCUCUUCUCCUUCCAAUCACACGUCUUCAACCCGUUGUUCAUCUUCGGAGCCUUUCUGGCGGUGUUUCUGGGCAGGGCUGCAAACAUCUACCCUUUGUCCUUCCUGCUCAACCUGGGCCGCAAGAACAAAAUUGGAUCCAAAUUUCAGCACGUCAUGAUGUUUGCAGGACUGCGUGGGGCGAUGACCUUUGCUCUUUCAAUCAGAGACACGGCGACUUACGCCCGCCAGAUGAUGUUUUCUACUACCCUCCUAAUUGUCUUCUUCACCGUCUGGAUCUGCGGAGGAGGCACCACGCCCAUGCUGUCCUUCAUGAGCAUACCGGUGGGUGUGGACUCUGAUCAGGACAGCCCUCAGAAUUCCGCGGUGUUGGAUGGAUCCCAGCGGAGGGACACCAAACAUGAGAGCGCCUGGCCCUUCAGGAUCUGGUAUAACUUUGACCACAACUACCUGAAGCCCCUUCUGACCCACAGCGGCCCUCCUCUCACUGCUACCCUGCCCACCUGUUGUGGACCGCUGGCACGUUGCCUCACCAGCCCACAGGCCUAUGAGAACGAAGGCCGACUCUUCGACGACGACUCUGACUCCAUCCUGAACGACGCCACUGUGAGCUCCAUGUACGCCGACGUCACCGUCAGCACGGACGCAUCCGGCCGCACCGUCAACCGCUCCUCCGGCACCAGGGGCCUGUCUGAUGACUGUGUGGAUCACGACCUCGCCUUGGCGGAACACGAGGUGGCUAUCAGGGGCACGCGCCUGGUCCUGCCCGUGGACGACCCGGUGGAGCCCCCGACCACUGUCACCCUGCCCUCCCCUCCCUCCCCGCCCGGCUCCGAGCCUCGCAGGCAGAGACUGUGAAAAGGUUUGGAUUUGUUAUUAUAAACAGUGCACCUCGAGUCUAAAGGUUACUUGAAAGUUGCAUAUUUGGGGAGCUAAAAGAAAUGGGGCUGUUGUACUUGCUCCUACGUUUGUUCUACUGUGGUGAGAUACCAGUGCUGUUAUCCAUCCUCUAUAACUCCCCAGUUCCCUUUUCUUUGGGUAAAGUUGCUCCACACAACAGGACUUGUAGUGUCUGGUUUACGAGUAUUUGUAAGAGUAACUACCUUCUCAUUUUACACACUUCGCCAGAAGUUUGCACUUGUUCAACUUAUUACCAUUUAGUGGUUUCAAAGAAUAUUUACACUACAGCCUCAACACUAAUGUUUCUGCAUCCAUCCACCAGCUGAUAAGUCCCUCAAAAAGUUGACAUAUGGGGAAGGCUCCAAAGGAGGAUCUGGGGAUCGUGAUUAGCCAUGGUGGGAAUAUUAAAUGUUGAUAGGAAACAAAAGUGCUUUGAAAUUGUAAGAAGAUACCGUUUGGUCAAACUGCUUCAGUAUAGGAUCGUCUCCACUAACUUAAAUUAGAGCGCUGCCUUCCACUUUUCUUCUGGGUCAGUCUUUACCACUUAUUCAUUUAUUUAUCUAACAACAAAUUAUUUGUUAAUUUAUUAUUAAUUUAUUGUUGUGGGACUUGAUUAUUAAUUAUUAUAUGAUUAUCUUGCCCUCUUUAAAAAAUAGGGCUGCUCUAUGGGGAAAGGCUGUCUUGCACCUUUUUCCUAUAAAAAGCACUACAACUCUUCCAACACGAGGUACGUGGUCCGGUAGGGAAGUCGACAGGGAGAUGGAUGGUCCUCCGCGGACAGUAUUCUAACAUGCGUGUGCAUGUUAAAAUAUCUUCCAACCCUUCUGUAGCAGAUCCUUCUACUUUUUUAGAUACAGGAGCUUUUCUGUGUUUGUAUUUUAUAUGGUGUUGUGUCGCUGAUGUCAGAAGGAAAUUGUCCAUUAAUGUUUAUUAAUGUGUUUAUUGGGGCUAACGUCUGUUUUUCAGUUUUUGUCUGAUUUCAUUUUCUUUCAACAUAAAAAAAGAAAAGUAACUUCUGUUUUUUAUCAUCAAAAAUGACUGAGGGCUGGCUCAACUGUUUUGAAUUAAAGUGCCUAUUCAGAAAUUACUUAAUGUAGAUUUGUACAUAUUUUGAUUUGCUGAUGUGUAGUAAGAUUAUCUUUCCUGGUUUUUAUAUGACACAAGAACCUUUUUGAUGUUAAAUAUUGUGCUCCCAGUAUAAUUAUAAUAAUACUAAUUAUAUAGCGGAAAUCACAAGAGUGCACACUGAAGCCUGAGACGUUGUUCUUUUAUUAAUGGCAAAUACGUAUCGCUAAUUUAUUGGAUAGUUAACGCCCUUUACAAUGAAGCUGUUGGGGGAUGCAUUUGAAUGCAACAAGAAGCCUUCUAUGCUAAGGUCGAGGGAAACACAAGAGAACACCGCAGACUUUUCCCAAAUGCAUUCUUAGCCCUUUUUGUUCCUUGAUUGGCCACCAAGACCAUCUAUUCUGUUCCCACUUCAGCGAUAGAUAUUUUGAACUGAGGCAUCUCCCAAGUUAACCCUUGUUUGUGCUGUUUACUUCUGGGUAGAGAUGAGUACUUGUUCAAAUGUGCUUUUAUCUGUGUCAAGCUCUAUAUCAAUACCCUGUUUGAUGAAUCUUAUUCUUAAUAACCGGUUUGAGAUUUCUUUAAUCUUUUAUUUACAUUAUUUAUUUCAGUAAGGUACCAUUUCCUUUGCUGUUAAAACACAGUUUAUGUGGGACAUUUGAAGAAAUUGUAAUCUUUCAAUGAAAAAUCGGAAAAUGUUGUCUGUAGAAAUGGUUAAUGGCAGUUGCAUUUGUGAAACGUACACCUGCAAAGUCUAAAAUGUGAACUCUGAUUUAAAAGAUCUAGUCUAGUGAAGAAUGAGUGUCUCAGUCUGACAUCUGUAAAUGUACUACCUGAAGGUAAUAUAAAGAAACCUCCCAAACCUA